CUUGAUUUAGAACCGUAGAACCCUGGGUUAUAUCAAACGGACCAAUACGCCGGCGGAAGGCAGGAUAGAGGAUGAUGAUUAUCCGCUGCCGGAGCCGGAUAUCAUUCGGCGAAACGUCGACGCUGCUGAGAAUGUUUUGUACGGUGGUGGAAGAAUCAAAUGCUGCUGUGGUUGACCUUGUGUCGCCACCACGUAAAGAAUCCGCAGAUGAAAAGCGGUUAUACAGAAGGCUGUCGGCGUUGGGAGCCACGGGUGGGACAGUAGCACAAACAUUAAAUCAAUACAUUAGAGAGGGUAAUUUCGUUAAAAAGAUUGAGUUAGAGAGAUGUAUCAGGGAACUCCGCAGGUAUGGCAAGUACCACCACGCUCUUGAGGUAAUGGAAUGGAUGGAUAAGAGGGAUAUCAACUUUUCCAACACCGACUUUGCAGUGCGUUUGGAUCUUAUAUCGAAGGUCCAUGGUGUGGGUGCAGCUGAAGGUUACUUUCAUGACCUUUCUCCACAUUUGCAACACAGAAAUACUUACGGAGCUCUCCUCAACUGUUACUGUAAGUUAAAAAUGACAGAUAAAGCAUUGGCUCUUUUUAAGGAAAUUGAAGCUAAGAACUUCACCACCACUUUAGCUUUCAACAAUCUAAUGACCCUGUAUAUGGGAAUAGACCAGCCUGAAAAAGUCCCUCCUUUAGUGGAAGAGAUGAAGAAAAGGAAAAUCAAUUUGAGCAACUUUACUUAUAACAUCUGGAUGCAUAGCUGUUCGCUUUUAGGAGAUAUUGAGGGGGUAGAGAGGGUUUUUGAGGAAAUAACAAAGGAAAAAAAAGAGACUUGUAACUGGACAACUUACAGUAACAUUGCUGCAGCUUAUGUCAAAGUAGGUAAUCAUGAGAAAGCCUUGUCAGCUCUUAAAAUGCUUGAAAAUGAGAUGGGCAUGGGCCAACCUUCACGUGAGGCUUUCCAUUUUCUUAUAACGUUUUAUGCUGCACUUAAUAAUCAAGAGGAAGUUCAUCGCAUAUGGAAUCUUCUAAAAUCGUCAUUCGAAACAAUCAGUAACAUGAGUUACCGGAUUAUGCUUCAGGCACUUUCUAAAGUGGAUGAUCUGGAUGGAUUGAAGAAAUGUUUUGUAGAAUGGGAAUCGAAUUACUCAUAUUAUGAUACGCGUGUGGCUAAUGCUGUUAUAAGUGGUUAUUUAAGACAUGGCAUGGUUGAAGAAGCUGAACUAGUCUUCCAUGGAUCCGUGAAGAAAUCAAAAGGGCCUUUUGUUCAGACUUUGGCAUUGUUCAUGAAGCAUUACAUUGGGAUUCAGCAAAUGGAUCUUGCUUUAAAAUGUAUUGAAACAGCUGCAACACAAAGUGAAAACAGUAACUGGUUUCCCCACAUUGACAGUAUUGAUGUGUUGAUGAAGUAUUUUGAGAAAGAGAGAGAUGUAGAGAGUGCUGAGAAGCUAAUGGAGAUUUUAAAGAGACUGAAAUGUGUUGAUGAUAAGGUGUAUGGUUUGUUGCUGCAGACUUAUAUAGCUGCUGAUAAAAUGGAUCCGGAUAUGCGCCACAGGAUUGAAGAAGAUGGCAUUUUGGUAACCACAGAGCUCCAGCACAUGCUUAAAAAAGUUUGCCCCCAGAAAUUUGAAGGUUUGAGUAUCCUGCCAAUACCAUCGAUAGUCCAACCGAAUUCUAAAUUUAAAUUUGAUGAACCAAAAGAUGAAGGUUCGCCCAACCAGGCGGCACCUCCACCAUUUUUAUUAGGUUUAGAUGAAGCCAAAGAGACACCAAUUUCAUCCCCUGAUUCCUUGAUUUUCAUAGGCAAAACCGUAGCAGCCCCUGCUUCUUCCUCCCUAUUACCCGAAUCAGAAAUAUCAUUAAGCCCAGAGGCCAUGGCCCCUGCUGCAGUAGCCUCAUACAGAGAUGCAUCGCCGUCCUCCUCCUCACCUGCACCGGGUUCUUCCACCCUUUCAGAAAUAUCAUCUAGCCCAGAGGCGAUGACCCCUGCAAUAGCCCAAGGUCCAUCAGGACAUUGCUUUGGCUAUCGAAGCGCGUAUCAAACAAAGCCAGAGUGA